GCGGUGAAAGUUCAGUCGUUGCGUGGCAAGCUACCAGUAAACUGAAAUAUCGUUUCGGUGACGUCCAGUAGUCGAUGUACCUUACCAACGUGAGGGUGUAUCGAAUUCUUCACUCGCAGUGACAAACAGCAUAACUUGUUCAGCAUUUUGUAACAUUUGUAGAUUAAUUACCUGAAAAUGGCAUCGAGCGGUCCAGCCUUUGAUUCAAAUUGCAUGACCCUGACGCGGUUCGUCUUGGCCGAACAACGCAAGGUACCAACGGCAACGGGUGAUUUGACUCAGCUGUUAAACAGCAUUCAAACGGCAGUCAAAGCUGUAAGUUCAGCUGUGCGGAAAGCUGGCAUCGCAAAUAUGUACGGUAUUGCUGGGUGCACGAACGUUCAGGGUGAAGAAGUCAAAAAAUUAGAUGUCCUGAGCAAUGAACUCUUUAUAAACAUGCUGACAUCUUCAUUUACGACCUGUCUCCUAAUCAGUGAAGAAAAUGAAACUGUGAUCGAAGUAGAAGUUGGCAAACAGGGGAAAUACAUCGUCUGCUUUGAUCCUUUGGACGGCUCGUCAAACAUUGAUUGCCUAAUAUCCAUUGGCUCAAUAUUUGGAAUCUACAAAAAACAAGAAGGCUCAACCGGAGCACCGACAGUUGCUGAUGCUCUACAGCCAGGUCGUAAUCUGGUAGCAGCGGGAUAUGCGUUGUAUGGUUCGGCAACUAUGUUGGUACUCUCAAUUGGUCAGGGUGUCAAUGGCUUUAUGUACGAUCCAGCUAUCGGCGAAUUUAUAUUAACAGAUCAGGACAUGAGAAUACCAUCAAGAGGAAAAAUUUACAGCAUAAAUGAAGCUCACGAAAGCAAGUGGUCACCGGCGAUAAAGGAUUAUGUCCAUUCAAAAAAAUACCCAGCAACUGGCAAGCCGUACAAUGCCAGAUACGUGGGUUCAAUGGUAGCUGAUGUACACAGGACGCUCAAAUACGGUGGGAUAUUUAUGUACCCAGCAACAACAGAGAGUCCAAAGGGAAAGCUUCGUCUCCUCUAUGAGUGCAUACCCAUGGCAUACAUUUUAACGCAAGCUGGUGGCCUUGCGACAAAUGGUGAAAUGAGCAUACUGGACAUUAUACCAUCUACUAUUCAUCAAAGGAGCCCAAUAUUUUUGGGGUCAAAGGAUGACGUUGAAGAAAUUUUAACUCACAUGACACGUCAGAAAACUCAGUAGAUUGAUAUACAUACAUACUCCCAAAAAUACCUGCUGCAACCUUCCAAUAGUCCAUCUGUACCAGUGAGUAUUGUAAUCGAUGCCAUCUGUAUCACAUCUAACAAGAUGUUCGGAAAGAAUCAUAAUAAAACGCUGUAAAAGAAUAAAAAAGCAAUUAUCAAGUGUUUUGAAUAAGUGCCAUCUCACAGCUUACAUAACAUGUUCAACCGAGAUUGCAAGUAUGUAAUAUUAAUAAUUAUACCUGAAAAAUGAUGAGGAAUAAAUUCUUUUGAUCUGC